GGUGUCUAUGGCACUCCUUACCCUUCGACGGACCAGAAUCCCUAUCCCAGCAUCGGCGUCGAUAGUUCAGCGUUCUACUCACCUUUGAGCAACCCUUACGCGUUGAAGGAGGGUGGCGGUGAAAUGUCGGCGUGGACCUCUGCAGGCCUCCAACCCUCCGGUGGCUACUACCCUUACGACCCAACGCUCGCUGCCUACGGAUAUGGCGCUGGGUACGAUUUAGCCGCCCGACGGAAAAACGCUACGCGAGAGUCCACGGCAACACUGAAGGCAUGGCUCAACGAGCACAAGAAGAACCCCUACCCGACGAAGGGGGAGAAGAUAAUGUUGGCGAUCAUCACUAAAAUGACGCUGACUCAAGUGUCCACGUGGUUCGCGAACGCACGGCGCCGGCUCAAAAAAGAAAACAAGAUGACCUGGGAACCGAAGAAUAAAACUGAUGAUGAUGACGACACGAUGCUUUCCGAUGAAGAAAAAGAAAAAGAUGAACAAGACGAGAAAAUUAAAACACACAAAGAUGAGGAGCGGAAAAGCGAUGAGCUGCUGCAGGGGAUGCAUCACCAGUUGCUGGGUUACGGGAUAAAAGAAGAAUCAAAGCGAGGGACUUCAGACUGCGGUGUGCCCAUUCCGGCAUCUAAACCGAAGAUAUGGUCAUUAGCUGAUACAGCAGCAUGCAAGACGCCGCCACCGGCUGCACAGCCCUGGCCACAGCACUCCUAUGGACCAGACCGCUCAGCAGCUGCCGACAGUAGCUCUAACGGAUUCGCGUUGCCGGCGACAGCAGCAGCGAGCCCUGCUAGCGGCUCAUAUGGCCGUUAUGGUGGCUUUCCGGCGGGGCAAUAUAGUGGCCAGCAUCCCUGCGUGCAUCCUGCCGCAUUCCCCGACGUGCAAACUGACACACCCCCGCAGACUCCACCCAACAUGAAGGUGCCGAGUGUCGCAAAUCCACUUGGCAGCGGCGGUGGAUCUGGCUACUGCUUUCCUCGGCAUCAGCAAUCGCCGCAGCGUGAUCCCUACCACAAUCCUCACCAUGCCGCUAACAGCCACCAGCCCAACCAACCACAUCACAACGAGGGAUCUGCCGCCUUCAAGCCCUUCUAUAAGAGGUAAAGCACGUGAAACCUGGGUCGCUGCACCAUGCAUCAACCACUAGGGACUAACAAAUUUUCACAGUGGCACAGUGUUUCAGUUCUAUUAUAAGAUUUAUGAUGCAAACAAUUUGUAGGGACAUAAAACUAUGGCUACGAAAUAUGCGACUACAUUUUGUAGACUCUGUAAUGUUAUAUUAAUUUUGGUGCAUACGUUUUUUGUAUAUGGCCUAGUGUAAUUUUUAAACUACUAAACUAAAGUGCACCGAUCAUUAUAAUGUAAAAAGAAUUUUAUGAUGUACUUAAUAUUCGGUUCUGAUGUGAUUACGGUCGACGGUUGUCCUUAAUUAGUGAAAUAAUAUGAAACGAAUCAUUGUACGGAAUCAACGUUGCUCAGUAUUUUUAUAGAUUUAAGUAUAAUAUGGAAAUAUUAUCCAAAUUAUUUAUAGAGAUACACAAAAGGCGCAAUUACGUGUAAAGUAUACCACGAGUUGGUUUUAGUAAAAUUGUACAUUAUCUUUGGACUCCAGCAGGAAUAAUUGUAAGAUAAGGGUCUCGUAUGCUGAUUUGCUAUUAAGUUCUUCCAACGUUUGAUUGUAGUGUUUUCUUGGAGCAAUAAGUUAUUCAUUAGUUGCGGUGCCAGACUUUACUUUCGUUAGUUGUAAGUGAUUGUUAAUUCAGUGAAGUGGUAAUGGGAACUUUAGUUUCGCGUUGUUUGCGUCGCAAUCUGUUUCAUUUUGUUACUGUACGGAUCGAUUCACAAUCGUCGAUUCGAUUAUUGUUAUUGUCAUUGUAUAUAGAAUGUUUUGUAGAUUUUCUAUUUUUAGUUUCUUAACAAGUGUACAAAGUAAUUAAUAUGGUUUCGUCACGCGGCGCCUCACAUAAUUGCGUCAAUAUGAAUUUUAUAAAUAUUGUUUAAAAGUAUUAUUAGAAUACAUUGUAAAUAAAUAUAUUCUGAAUAUUUUAUGUUUAAAGUGAUCGCGGUCACUCAACGACAGGAUCCGGGAUUUUAUAUAUAUAGAAUACGAUUUGUUUAAUGUUGGAUAUAGUCAUGUGAAGUAUGUGCUAGGUAACAAAGUAUUCAAUAAACAAUGAAGGGCGUACGAAAAUUUUCGCGGGUAGUAAUGUUUUGAGGCCAUAUUUUUAACUGGUUUUAAAAAUUAAGCAAAGCUUAUACGAAUUGAAGGUUUUUCUUUUAUAAAUGUUGUAUUAGAUAAACCACGAUCACCGAUUUAGAUCUGCCAGAGGAGCUGAUGUUUCAGAUUGACGUUAGGGUAUACCUUAAUUAAACAUCGUCCGUAAAUGCAAUAGAUUUUUGUUUUAUAUACCUUAGUCUGUAUGUAUUUAUAGGUCACAACUUAGAUUACACGUGGGUCAACAAUUUUGAGGCUUAUUACAAUCAAUCGAAGUAUAAUGCAACGUAAUAAUUGUGAGACAAAACAUUUCAAUGUGACCAAAUCGAAUACAUUCGCUUAAUAUUAAAUGUUCUAUAUAGAUAUUUAUAGAAUAUAUACCUAUUAUUAUUAUGAGUAAAAUUAUGUAACAAUUGUAAUUAAAUCUUU